AUGGACGAGAUCGUUGCAGAGUUGCUCAAAUUACCAGAUGUCGAGAUUCGGAAAAGAGGCCAGGAGGUUGGAGUUAAAGUUGGAGUUCUCAGUGCGAUGACAAAGAAGAUCGUCGUCAAAAAGAUCGCCAAAGUAAUCUUCGAAAGCAAGACGUCUUCAUGCUCAUCAGAGUCUUGUGAUAACAAAGAGAACACUCCUGCGCCAUCUAACAGCGAGGCAAAGGAGGAGCCGCCAAAAACUCCACCUCGAAAUCCGUCAGACGGAAAAUUCUAUGCGAUGCGUUUUGAAAACAGUGAAAAUCUGAUUUUCGACAACAUGAAAGAUUUCAACGAGCACAAGAAAAAGAUGAAAUCGAGUGCUCCGCGAUUCGCUAUCUUUGAUGAGCGCGAAAAAGCGGAACUCUGGCUGAAAGGCGUUUUGAAGACGCCAGUUCGACCGAGAGCAUCGCGCCCCGAGUUGGCCGUUUUUCGAUCACAAGGGCCGAACGAAAGUCCGUUGCGAAAACCGAAAGAGAUAGUGGCGAAAAACUUCGUUGGCGAGCUAAAGUCGCCGUUCAAAGCGCCAGAGCAGCCGCUUUUGAAUAAGAUCGUUGCGGAGAUUCAAGCGAAGAAGGAUUCUGCGUACAAUUUUGUGAUGGAGGAGGUGAUGAAGAAUCCUCGUUUAUUGAUAUCGAAAGCGGAUACACCAGUGCCGUACCGUCCUGGUAACUGGUCGAAUUUAGUUCAUAUUUGCUGCCAGUACGACGCUGGAAAUAUCCUCAACGCGAUCUUUUCCCUCCUUGAAGACCACAACUACCUCACAAAACACUAUCCUGAUGUGCCAAAAUCUCUUCUCUGCGAAUACUCCCAGCGGAUUGUGAAUCUCUAUCUUUUUCAAAAACUUUGCGGUCCUAGACAAACCAUCACCAGAGGCGACACUCCUCUUCAUAUCGCCGUCCGAAACAAGAGUUUAAAAGCUAUUCGCUUUUUCAAAAAGAGAAAGGAAUGGGAAACUUUGCGAAGUAUGAAGAACAAUGAGAAUCAAACGGCCGAGGAAAUCGUGGCAAAGGAUGAGGAGAGGGCUCCAUUGAGCAAAGACGUUGAAGAUCUUUUAUUUGAGAAGCCCGUUUGUCUUGCGAUCAUACAAACGGAUGAUUCUGCGCCGAGAAUUAUGACCACCUCUUCGCUGACGAAAGAGGAACUGAUGAACAGUCCAAAUGUUCGAGCAGUAGCUGGUCCAAUCUCCUCUGCGAAAGCUUCUUCCAUCGUGCAAUCAGCUACGCCCAAAAGAAGGAUGAACAUGCGCUUCGUCCAGAGCGAGAAACAGCGGCGAAUCAGAGUCACAGAUUAUGAAAAAGGUCUUGAAAAGAUAACAAGGCCGAUGUGCGUGAAACAAGGAACCGCGUUGCUCGAAAAAUGGCCGUUUCUUGACGAGUUCGUCGACAUUACAUCACCAGAAGGAUUGGAGAAAAUGAACGAGUACCUGAAAAGCGGCUCAGCUUCGGGGGGCUCUCAAGCUGAUCUGGAUUCAACGAUUGAUAUGCUGUGCUCUAAUUUCACGGACAUGCAGCUUGGAGAUGAUGAGAACCUCUUCUUGAUGGCAGACAAACCAUCGAAAACUGACAGAGAUGUUUUUGAAGCACUAAAACAAAUUUCAAUUAGCAAAGAUGUUGUCCGAGCGAAACUGAAAGCAUAUUCUUCUGUCAUGUCUUGGUACAAUAGAAUAGAAGCCUAUCCAAACGAAGUUCGCGAAAAAUGGAAGAUGAUUUCAAAAACUCGUUCUCAAACUCGAUCCAAUGGCAACACUCCUAUCGCAUUUCGCCAGUCCACAGCGGCAUCAGAACUGCCUAUCACCGAUAAUGUUCGAAAGAAGCUCUUCUUCGACUAG